UCAGCUAGCAGGCGUUCGUAGCAAACGUUGCAAGAUUCCUACAGCGAAAAGAAGGUUGUGGUGCGGCUUUAGUGGAUAGUGAUAAAAGUAGAUUGAUCGCGCACAGUUUACCUGCAUUCAAAUAUGGCCAAGUGUACGACCAUCUUGCUCCAGUGUUGUCUGGUGCUGCUGCUACCAUCCGAUUACAGUGUGUUUGCCAAAAAGGAUGAUAACAAACCCGAAGAGAGUCUUUUCGAGCAGGAUUUGGGUGAUCAGUUCAAAAUAGACGCCUCCACGCAGGGCCUGCAGAAGGUAAACUUACGGUGCGGUGCCGACUCGAUGCGCAUCGAGCUGAAGACGGAGGAAGACUUCCAGGGUGUGAUGUACACGCGGGGCAGCUACUACAAGCAGACGAAACCCUGCUUCGUGAAGCCGGAACGGGCGGGCCGCACGCUGGAGAUGAAGUUCAAUCUGGACCAAUGCCAAACGGUCAACAACGGUGAGGUGUACUCGAACAUCGUCGUCGUCCAGCACGAUCCGGACAUUGUUACGCCCGGUGAUGCCGCGUUCGCGGUGGAAUGCGACUUCCGCAAGCCGCGCGGUGUGACUGUCAGCUCGGAGAUCCAGGCACGGGAUAGCGAGGAUGCGACAUCGACACCAUCGUCACGCAUUACACUCACCAGUCCGGAUCCGUCGGCAAACACGCAAACACCGAACGCACACAACUCGGUGCAUAGUGCAUCCGGCACGGUCACGUUCGUGCCGGCCCGUUUCCGCAAUGGGUCCCAGCUACCGGAACAACGGGUCCGUGGGACGGUUGAAACGGUCGAAAUGCCACUGCACACAACACAACAACAACACCACCAAGAGGACAAUAAUCACGAUGAGUUGUGAUGUGGACGGGGGAGAGCAUUGGCGGAGAGCUUAUUUAUUACAUUUAAUUUCAUCUUUCAUUCCAACGCGGCUAACCGAACAUACGAGCAAGAGGGGAUCGAUGCAUACUAACCUGUACUUACUCUAUCCAUUCCUUGUUUAUUCUCGCAGCCUUGAAACCGCGAAAGCUAACGCAACCGCAUCCUAUCCACCCACCGAUUGAAGACCCUCCCUACUACUAACAACGGUUAAAUAAGCUUCCUGUACUACCGUAAUAAGUUCCUUCUUCGUUCCACGGAUCCUAAGCAUCCAUCUUUACCCGUAAAAGGGAUACUUCCUACCAAAUCACACGCAGGUGAUUGAGAGAAGACGAUUGUUUACACUGACCGCUACCACUUCCAAGCGUCACUGUUCUAAGUGAUCGAUAGGUAUUGGAAGGUGUUUUCAAUGGAAGAGAAAUAAAAUGUUAUUGAAGA